ACAAUUUGUGCAAUAACAGCGCGUGUGGAAACCCCUGCAGGCCAUGGAUAAGUUCGUGCAACGCAAGCCCUCAUGGAAAACGAUGACUUACGAGGCGACCGUGGCCAACGCGGAACAGAAAAAGCUGAAAAUGCAGCACGCUGCGCCACCACAGCGUCGCCCAUUGCAAGAGCAGCCUGAUUCGAAUCUCACCCCCAAGCGUCUCAAUCAGCCUCACUAUGCAGCAGACACGUUGCGUGCCGCUGAGAAGAUGCCUGAAGUACAUACUAGUCCAGCGAAAACGUCUCAACCUUGUCCCGUGCCCCGGGCCGUUCCACAACCGACGACGCGUGGUUCUGUCAGCAAAGGACCUUCUGUAAUGCCAUCGAAUGGUGUGACAACGCCCACGUCCAAGCAGGGCGGGCACUGGGCGCGUCUCCAGAAUGAUCUCAACAGCCCCAGCGCUACACUUCGAAUGCGUGCCAUACGCGCUCUAAAAAGUCCCACCAAAACCGCAUACAAUGUGUUUGAUGUGUCGCAUACCGAACAGAAUAUCAUCUCUGCCGACGAGCGUAAUCCCAAGCCACCGCCUUCCCUCCCGGAGAUCCUGAGCCCGGUUGUGGUCUAUGUGGAGGUGCGUAGCGGCAACGACAAUCGUUCCGAUGGUGUCAAGACAAUCAUUGCCAAAAUGGGGGCCCAGGUCAACGAUCGUCUGCUGCGCAACACCACGCAUGUGGUCUUUAAGGAUGGUCUACUCUCGACCUACAAAAAGGCCAUGGAGUGGAAAAUACCAGUUGUCUCCAUAUUGUGGAUUGAGGCCUGCAAGGUGCAACGAAGGAUUUGCGAACCCGAAAAGUUUCCCAUCAGCAACUUGCACAAGUAUGAGUAUCCCGAGCUGUACGGCAAGAUAACGCGUGUUCGGUGCAUGCAACCGGGUUCGGAACUUCUUAUCAAACGUCCGGCCAAACGCCCAGUCACCCCCACAUCAUCGAGCGACAAUGGCCCAGGAUCGGGCAGCAAGCGAACCGCUUUGGGAACGCCAACCACAGCGGCCAAGAAUGACAUCAGCCGUUUCUUUAAGGCUCUCAACCACAACAAGCAACUGGCCGGAGAAGAGGCGGCAGAGUCGCCAGCCACUAAACUGCUCAACAGGAUAUCCAAUGGCAGUUAUACGCCAUUGCCUCUGGGCACACCUACCUUGCAAGAGAAACCUCUGGAAAUUGGAGUUGCCUCCAACCAAAGACCGCAGGCCCAGAAGAGUUUGAACUUUAAUGAGAAAGCAGGCAACGAUGAGCUGCCGCAGACUGCCAAACCACGGCCCCGCCGUAGCACAACAGAGCCCACUCCUGUGACUACGCCGGUACGCACCAGUGGCCGACGCAGCUCGGCGCACAUUCCCAUGACUAGCAAUGCGGACACUUCUCAGCCUGCAGAGCCAGAGCCACGGAUGACACGCCGCCGCAGUUCGGCGCAUAUUAUGCUGGCAAGCAAUGAGGAGGCUUCUCCGCCUCGAAAGCCACGCACGCUGCGUCGCUGCAGCUCAGCUCACAUUCCCAUAGCGAGCAAUGCGAAUGCUGCAGCAGAGCCAGAGCCACGAGUGACGCGCCGCCGCAGCUCGGUCCAUAUUCCCAUGACUAUUACUGCGGGAGCUCCUCCACCUGCAGAGGCAGAGCCAGAGCCACGCCAGAAUCGUCGCCGCAGCUCAGCGCACAUUGUCAUGGCCGUCAAUACUGAUGCUGCGCCGCCUCAACAGCCAGAGUCACGAAUGACACGUCGUCGCAGCUCAUUGCUACAGGCUGCCAAGGAAACUGUGGAAUUGGCACCGAAAGAUCCAUUUGCAUCAAUUGCCGAGGAGCUGGCUCCCAUAGAUGAGGACAAGAAUCCGAUAGCCGAAGAACCUGCUGGGGAUGCUACCGAGUCGAAUUGUAAGACAUCAUUGAUAACCAACUUGGACGAGUCCAUGGCAGCUGCAAAAGAACUUAACAAGACCGAUUUCGUUCAACAUUCGCUGGAAAUAAGCGUCGAAAUGCCAUCGAAAGUUCUUCAUCGGGCGGACAAGCGUGGCACCCUGUACACCUCAGAGCUUAUGGAGAUCAGCAAAGAAUACCAAAACGAGAACGUGCCGCUGAAUGUGACGGCCAGAAAAUCGCUGUCCAAUGUGACUAUGCAAACGUCCGCACUUCUAGAUGAGCACUCGACACCGCCGCUGUUUAGCUCGACUCGCCUGCCCAGCAGCAGGUCCAGCACCACCUUAAAUCGAAGGCGCACCAUCUUCAACAUGGACAUGGAGGUGAUCAACGAGGGAAUUGACAGACUGAACUCAUCUCAUCGUCGGUCCCUGGUGCUGGCCAAUCAGGCGGAGUUGGGAGAGUGCGACAAAUUAGUCGUGACGACGGACAAACCUCUGGCGGUGGAGGAUCCCCCGAGUGAACCAAAGAGGCGGCGUCUAUUCACCCCGAACGAAGUGGUAAAGAUCUCACCCCCAAAGUCAAACUACAAGCAGCGUUUAAGUCUUAGUGGAAAAAAUGCACCCAACGGAUCAGCAAAAAAGCGUCGUCGUUCAUUGGCAGUUCCCGUACCCGCCUGCUCUUCCUCCGAUUUAAGCUGUCCUGCUGCUCAUGUUGAACGUGAAAGCACUGAUAAAUUUCUCACACCCGAAGGCUCCGUGGAUGGCUUCAAAGACGUGGAUACAUCCUCCAGAAUUGAAGUAGCUGCAGUAGCGGAGAAAACGCCGAGCAGCAAUCGCCGUUCAACUGUGAUCCGUACUCUGGUGCACACGAACAUGCAUCAUGGGCAGGUCCAGGUGAUUCAAAAGGCCAUACGGAGGUUGCGUGGAAUGCGGCUGGAUCCCACUGUGACCAACCGAACCACCCACUUGGUUAGCCUGGAGCCGCGCCGCACGCUGAAUCUCCUUCGCGGACUCAUGCGUGGCGUCUGGAUUGUCGACUAUGACUGGAUCCUGGAAUCGCUGCGUGUCGGCAAAUGGGUAAACGAAGAAAAAUAUGAAUUGAAAAAAUUCUCCCGUGCCGUUGAGAUUUGCCGCACUGAGCGACAGGCCUUUGGCAUCCACUACCACUGCGAGCUCUUCCGCUACAUGGAAACCUUCUAUGUGUCUCCCCUUUGCCGGCCCAUCGAGUUCAACAACAUGAAGGAGCUGCUGUUGCUGGGCGGCGCCAGACUGACGGAGAAUCGCUUCAAGGCAAAAUACAUUAUUGGCGACAAACGACGAGUAGUGGACGAGCGCCUUUAUCUGACGCCCUACUGGGUGCUGGAUAGUAUCACAUCCAUGCAAAUCCAAAAGUUCGGCAAAUACCUAAUGAAGAGUGCCAUUGUAACGCCCAGCGGCAUCAGGUACGAAGAUCCAAGGGCGACCCGUCUUACUGCCCUAAAAGCCAAUUAUAAUGAUCCACCACUGGUGAUGGACAAAUAGGUGUCAACCUCUGUUCUGUUUUAUCAUUGUUCUUCAGACAAAAUUCUGUAAACCGAAUUUCCCAAUGAGUUGAAAUUUGAUAAUAUAUUUAGUCCACAUUUAAGUUUAAAUAGACCACAAUAUUGUUAAGUAAUUUGUUCUUGAUAAUUGACAAACAAAUGUAGUCGAAAAAAAAAAA